AUGAGUGUAGUUGACGAUAUUACAACUAUGUCAGUAUCUCAAACAAUAAUUAAUGAUGAUAAUCGUGCAAAUGAAAGUGGAAACUAUAACAAUCUUAAUAGCAACAACAAUAUUAAUAAUGGUUCAACAGAACUUGCUUAUUUACCUAUUGGAUGUUCCGUUAGUGCUAAAUACCGUGGUGCAUUUUGUGAAGCAAUUGUUAAAACAGUUGAUAAACAAGUUAAAGUAAAAGUAUCUAUUUGUGAUAGCGGAGAACAAAUGAGUAUUAAUGAAGAACAAAUAAUCGCUGGUACAUUAAAAAUUGGCAAUACUGUUACGGUAAAGAUCGCUGGAACUAAUCGUCGUACAUCAAACGAUUCAAAUUCAAGUAAUCAUAAUCAUCGAACAAAUACAUCACAUUAUGGCGAAGAAAAACAAGCAGUAAUUAAACAAAUAAACGAUAAUAGUUUAUACACGGUAGUGUUUGAUGACGGUGAUGAAAAAUCUUUAAGACGAUCAUCAUUAUGCGUACAAGGUAUACGCCUCUAUUCAUCACAGCAAACCACCCAUCAUCAAAAGAAAGUACUAAGCGAAAUACCAGAAGCAACGGUUACGUCGUCAGCAGUGCCAAGUGCUUCGUUGUCAACUGAUAGUUUAAUAACAACUUCAAAACCUAUCCAGCCUGAGUCAAUUGUUGCUGUACGCCGAAAACCAAUAACAACAGCAACUGGAACACAGUCACAGCAAAUUUGUUUUCCUGGUUUAAUAUUGAAACGUAAAGCAUUAGCUGAUUACGUAUGGAUAAAAAGUUUUUUAAAUGGACGCGAGUAUGUGAUUGCACGCGAUGAAAUACAUACAUAUCAUAAUAAUAGUGAUAUACAAAAUUUAAUACGUUCAACAUCGAAACAAGCAUUUAUUGCAUGUGAAAAAUAUUUAAAACAGGGUAUUAUUCCAAAAAUAUGGACAGAUAAGAAAAACUUGACAAGAAAUGAUGAGCAAACUUUAAUGAAUAAUUUGAGUGACGAUGAUGAAAUUGAUAGUGAAUCGGAAGAAGAUUUUAAUGAUAGUCAAUCGGAUGAUGAAACGGUGGAAGAAAAAGAUUCGUUUGUUGCACAAUUAUUUGCAUUUAUGGAUGACAGAGGAACUCCUAUAAACAACAUACCGAAAGUAAGCAAUUGUGACCUGGAUUUACAUCGAUUAUUCAAAGUUGUACGUUCAAUGGGUGGUUAUAAUAAGGUUACAAAAAACGAGAAAUGGCGUCGUGUACAUAUUAAAAUGGGUUUGUCAUUAAGUAGUGCAAAUAAUGGACAUGUGAUUGAAAAUGCCUAUAAGAAAUAUCUACUUUCUUACGAAGAAAUAUUAAAAAAACUAGGCUCAAUGAAUGGACAAAAUACUUACAUGGGUGAAUCAAGACGCAGUUUAAUGCGCGUACGUGUACAAGAGAAACCAGCACCAAUCAAAAAAAGAGCUCGUAAAAGCAGUACAGCAACAAAUGAUUCAUCAUCCGCUUCACAUCGCAAUCGUGGUUCAGAAUCAACGGAAAAAGGAUCACCAUCACCAGGCAUAAAUGUCUCAUCAAAAAAGAAGAAACAACGUAUAUCUCAUAGUGACAACGAUCGAAACGAAGAUAGUGACGUAGAUAAGCCAAGCAAAACAAAAAAAAAGACAAUUCGUCGAAAAACGAAACUAAAAUUAACUUCGUCAUCGUCUUCCGCUUCUUCAUCUCACUCUGAUUCGUCAUCCGAUCGUUCCCAUGAAUCUCAGGAAACAAAACGUCGAUAUAAUAAAAAGAAGAAAAUACUCAAUCAUGGCAUGACGCCGAAACAACAAGAAUUAAUAUCGAGAGACGUUUUCAUAAAAUCUGCAACAGGCGUGAAAAAAAUGACAAAAAUAUUAAAACCAGUUACAGAAAAGAUUAUCACGAAACCCACCGAUGAGAUAACAAAAAAACUUAACAUACUGCCAGUUAAAUCGCAGACAGUGCAUAAUGAAUCGAUCAAACCAAAGUUAAAAGAUAACAUCCAAAUCAAAGAUGAACCACAUACAAAAGUUGAAAGAAAAGUUCUUGAUGUGGCAACAACAUCAAAGAAGAUAUCGAUACCAACAAAUACAAACAAUAAAAAUGAAAAAGGAGCUGUAAACAACCAAAAGUUGUCAGGGAAAACAGCCACAACAAGUUCAGUGAAUGUUACCAAACAGAAAAUAUCGGUCGAUCAAAAUGAACGCUUUAAAAAGCAACAGCAUCAACUGACUAGUUCAAGUAAACAACAGCAACCAUCAAAAUCGAUCAGUGAACAUUCUAAAACAUCCUCCCACGUAGUAGUGAAGCAAGAGAACACUAAUAACAAAAUAUCAUUGCCAACAAAAUUAACAGUACCAAAAAAUAAAUUAACGAUAGAAAAGAAUAAUAAUACAGAUGGAUCUUUAUCAAAAGCAUCAGCAGCCUCUCGUCCGGUCUCCACAUCUUCAUCUGAUCAUGUUAUCACUAAACAUUCAUCUGAACAACAAAAAAUACCUAAAAAUAUAUCUAGUUCAGUUAAGAUACAACAACAUCAAAAUCGAUCAAAUAUUAAUCAGUCUUCAUCGUCAAAAAAAGUCAAAUCAUCGUCGACAAAUAGUGAUAAUAGUAAAAAGGACACAAAAGCAUCCUUACUCAAAGACCAAAAAGUGUCAACAACACCAGUAAUAAAGACGAAUCAAUCCAGUGACGAAUUUAAACAUAAAGUUUCAAAUAUGACAGAUGUAAAAUUGUCUUCUUCAACCGGUGUCGCCGAUAAAAAGAAAAAUGAGAAAGAUAAGAUACUGAAUGCCCAACAACGUUUAGUAAAAAUUAAUCCACAAGAGAAAAUAAAAACAAGUUCGAAUGCGAAUGCAUCAAAAAUAAAACCAGUCAUUAAUUCUCAGAAGAAAAUUGAAAAACAUAAGACAUGGAACAAAGAAUCCAUAAGAAAAUCAAGAACAACGUCUACAUCUUCGGCAUCAGAUAUUGAACCAGCAAAAGUCAGUGAUAAUUUAUCAUCUCAAGGUAAAAUAUUUCGUAGCAAAAAUCAGAAUAGUAAUCAAUUAAAACAAGUGCAUGAUACAGAAAGUAUUCAAAUAAAGCCAACAUCCCCUUCACCAUCGGUAUCACAAGAACAACAAUUAGGAGCACCAACAUUGACCUUAAAUACAAAUUUUCACUACCAUGACGAACAAAUGAACGAAAAUUCCCGUCAACAUCAUGUACCAUUCUCAACAAAUAUGUCUUAUACAACAGGCACUGUUCUUAUACCAACACCCACAAUGACCGUCACGCAUCCAUCCGCCAAACCUUAUCCUACAGACGAUCACAUUCAUCAAACGAUACCGAAUCCGUUAUUAAGCCCAAGUACGGCAACCUCAGAUUAUCCUCCAUCAAUAAAUAGUCAUGUUGAUGCCUAUACCUUUGAUGAAAAUGAGGAUAACGGCGAGGUACAAGAGUCAAAGAAACGUCGUUAUAAUAGUGCUGAAAAUACUAGUAAUAGUCCAGAUUUACUCUAUGUAUCAUCUUUUUCAAAUUGUCAAGAUGAAAAUAUUGGUAUCAUAUCUAAAUUAUCAGCCGAUGAUCAACAUCAACCACCAGCAAAACGUUUAAGACGCUCCUUGUCGUCACAAGAAAGCGGAGAAACAUUAAGUAGUACGAGCAGUGUACAUAAACAUUCACUGAAUCGAUCAGAAAAACCAUCGCCGAAUAAACAUGAGUAUUUAAGCAAUUAUACAGAUGCAACAACAAACGCAAGUUCAAAUAUUCUUGACAUGAACGAUAUAAAUCGGUCAGGUGGUAUGUCGUUUAACGACAUCAAAGUAAAUGAUAUAUUAAGUGUAUAUUGGGGUAUUAAUUCAAACGGAAAACCAUACGUAGCAAAAUGUAUGGAAAAAAAUGAAAAAACUGGGAAAUUGUUUGUACAUUAUAAUGGUUGGAAUUCAAGGUAUGACGAAUGGAUAUCACCUAAUCAGGUUGUUGAAUUAUGUGAUCAAAGUGUAUGGCCUAUUCGUCGUCGUCGCACAAGUCAAGUGUAUACACCCAAUACGAGACGUCAAUCAUUUGUUGAUUCACCUUCGUCAUCUAUAACAUCAACAAUAGUUGAUAUUAGUUCAUCGUCAGCAAUUCCAGUAACAGUAGUUAUGGAUGAAAAACAAUUAGACAUUCAAAAUGACAUUACUAAAUUAGAUAGCAUCGAACAACAUGAAGAACAAUUAGAAUGUUUUCAUUCUCUAGAAGAAACUACGAAAGAAAAAACCAUCAAUCCUUCACAAUCCGUGAUUUCAUUGUUAUCUACUCAAAUAUCUUCGAUUUCUUCAGCAUCAUAUAAACCAGAAGAGGAAGAUGAUGAUGACGAAGAUCGUUUCAGUGAUGUUUCUUCAAUAAUAAAUCCUUCAAUAGUAACGAGAAGAAUAACCGAAUCAAAUACAAGCAUAAGUGAUCAAAAACUUCUCGUACAUGAUCUACCAAAUAACGAGUUGGAAGAAAGCAAUUUAUGUCAAAUAGAACAAAAACAGUCAUAUAAAGAUGAAAUUCGGCGACGAACAAUAUCUAACGAUAUUUAUCGUAAUAUGAUUGAAACAAAUGAAUGUGAAGAUGAUGGUGAUGAAGAAGAUGAAAAACAACAACACGAUUUAUCACUUUUAAAAGAAGCAAAAAAUAAUAUUAGUCCAUCAACAAGCAAAAAAAAUGAUCAUGAUCAACGACAAGAAUCUUCCGUUCAAGCGACGGUUAUCACCACGUCUAUUAAGAACGAACCAAUUGUUAAAGAAGAACAAGAUUACGAUAAUAAUUUGUUGAAACCUUUCACACACAUGGAAACUUUUAACAAUCAUGAGACAUCGUUAUCUAUUAAAGCAGAAUCGACGGAAAUUUGUAAUCAAUUAGAACAACAACCAUUGAUGAUAUCGAUACAAGAACCUAAACAACAGCAAGAACAGGAAUCCUUAUUAAAGCAACCACCGUUACAACCAAUACAAAUUCCUAUUCCUACUAACCUAAUGGCGACCAGUUCUCGACGUUCAUCUGUUCGUCAACAAAAACGUCGUUCAUUAAGAGAAUCAAAUACAAAUUGUUCCAAUUAUAACAAUAGUAAUUCAAAAAAAAAGUCAAAAGUCGAUAGUUUGACAAUGUUACAAAAUCAAAAUGAUAAUAGAGAAUUGAAACUUCUUAGUUCAAUCACGGAUAAUUAUGAGCAAACUAUCAAUAAUUUAUAUACAUCGAAUUCUACGAUUGGAUCAUUUGAUAUAAAUGAUGCGAGAGAUGAACGUUCUAAACGCUAUCGAUCAAACGGACGACGUAAUAAAAAGUUGGUCAAUCAACAUGAUUAUGAAAAUGAUGAUUUUCUAUCGAAUUCACCGGUAAACAAUACUAUUCGUCACCAAUUGGAAGAAAUGUUUAAAAAUCGUCCAAGUAGAUAUAAUUUUCUUGAUUUAAAUAAUGAUCUUGAUGGUGAAGAACGUUUACAACAUAUUAAAGAUCAAAUGCGUGAAUGUCAAAAAGUAUUUUUCAAUUUGAAAAAUGCUCUAACAAAAAUUGAAAGACAACGUAAAAUAUUUGUAAAAAGAACAAUACAAAAAUCAGCAGGAACGACAACAAUGGGCACUGUGCGCACAACAGAGAUGGCAAACAAUAACUGUGAUAUAAACGAAAUGUUAUUUUCAAUUAAUAACUAUAAACUGGAAAAUGUUCCCAAUACAUUAUAUUAUAUACCAAAUUUUAUUUCUACAGAUGAAGAAGAAUGUCUUUUAAAUUGUGUUAAUAAUGUUCCCAAAACACGAUGGAAACAACUUGCCAAUCGACGUUUACAAAACUGGGGUGGUCAGCCACAUUCAAAAGGAAUGAUUGUUACUGAAACACUUCCAACAUGGUUAGAUAUAUUUACAAAACGUAUUGUCAACUUAGGAGUAUUUCAAUCAUUUAUUCCAAAUCAUUGUCUUAUCAAUGAAUACUUACCAAAUCAAGGAAUCAUGCCACAUACCGAUGGUCCACUGUAUUAUCCUGUUGUCUCAACAAUAUCUUUAAACUCACAUACAAUAAUUGAAUUUUAUCGUACUAUCAAUGAUGAAGAAGAAAAUCGUGAAGAAACGGUAUCUAAUAUUCAGUCACGUCGUAUAUGCUCCGUAUUAUUAGAACCACGUUCGCUAUUUCUUGUAAUGAAUGAUAUGUAUAAGAAUUAUUUGCAUGGCAUUCGUGAACUCAAUGAAGACGAAAUAACAAAUGAUAUUUGUAAUUUGGAUCUAUGUGACAAAUCAAUUGUACAACUUGGCAAUAGACUAAAACGUACUACAAGAGUUUCGCUAACAAUACGUUAUGUUCCAAAAGUAACAAAAUUUCAGUUUGCCAAUGGCAUAAUAAAAAAGUAA